AUGGCUCGUAGGAAGGUGGUAGGGGUCCGGGGGCGGAUUUUUGGGGACCUGUUGGUCCAGGUUCGUCCUCGGCUUUUAACUACACUCUUGACGGCCAAGGUGUUCGUUCCUCCCUUGGCCGGUUCUAUCUGCUCCUCCCCCGAGUGGGUCGAGGUUCCACGCUCUUCUCGCCGGCAGCCCCGGACUCUUACGCUUGAGUCCUUGGUGGCGCCUCCCCCUCUCCUUACCGGGCCGGUCUAUUUUCCACCGGCUUUCGCGGCCCUCCAGGUCGAGAUGUGCGACCAGGCCCUGAACCCUGCCUCGCAAGUUGAGCGUGACCUUGUUGAGUUCGCUUCGAAGGUCGAGGAUGCUAUCUCGCCGGGUUCCUCGGAGGAGUGGUUUCUAGAGCAUGCCCUUGAUGCCAUCCAUGAUGACACACCCUCCCCCGCUAAGUGGCACCUCCUCAAGCAGAUGACACAUGUUCUUUCCCUGCAGCAUAAUACCCCUCACAGCCCUGCCUCCCUCAGGCUCCUGUCUGCCAAUGUUACUCACUGGAGGCCGGAGGUUCGCGACUGGGCCUUUUCCCUCGAAGCCCAUGGGGUUUUGCUCCAGGAGCUCCACCUCACCACAGAGGCUGCUCAUGAAGCUGCGAUUGCCGCCUCUAAAAGAGGGCUUCGCCUCUUCACUUCGCCGCCCUUCCUCAGUGAAAAGAGGCGACCCCUGGGAGGUUUCGGCGUUCUCAUCCGCUCCUUCCUCAACCCCCGCCAUGUCCUCACCCACACCGUUGAGGGCUGUGGUUUUCUCGCAGUUUCGCUUCGGUGCUCGGGUUUUGAGCUCACUCUGAUUUCAAUCUACCUCCAGUCCGGGACUGGCUUCAACUCUCCGGUCAACGCCGAUGUCCUGGCUCGUCUCUUAGCUUUUCUCCCUUCCCUCCGGGGAGUGUGGAUCGUUGCGGGCGACUGGAACAACCCCAUACAAGAUCUCCUCGCCACGCGGCUUGAGGAAGAUUGGGUCGUCCCCUUCAAGCCUCACUGUGCCCUGCGGGCAACUCUUCAGCUCAGUUCUCUGCAACUUCCCUACCCGCAGCUCGCUACCUUUUGUGAGGUCUUCCCCGACCCUCUUCCCUUUCAGCCUGCGGUCCCGAGCCCCUCGCCUGUCGCUGAGGUUAACCUCCUUGGCCUCACUUCCACAGACAAGCUCUCCCUCGACUUCGCCGAGCUGAGCUCUUUCCUUGAGGUUUCUCAUGGGUUUCCCGAUCGCGGGCGUGGGGCCUUCGUCCCCAUCCUUCACAAGCCUCUCGUCCAGGGCCACUCUGUCGCUUUUGCCUGGAAGGGCCAGCUCCCUUCCUUGGUGUCGGCCGUGCUCCAUUUGCUCGACCGGCCCGAGGUCUUGCAGCCCUUCCUGUGGUCCUCCUCGGACACUUCCCUCCCUUCGGAGGUUCGGGCCUUUUGUGACCAGGUGCGAGAUGGCUCACUUUCUUCUGCCAACCUCCGUGUCGAGGGCACUGCUCUCCUUGGCCAACUUCGGCGUGAACAAACUGCCCAGCAGGCUGACCAGUAUGGUGAGUGGCUGGAGGAAGCUUCGGGCUCACACCUUGGGCCGCUUUUUCGAGCCAUCAAGUCUCACGAGCAGGUGCUUGACCGGCCCUUUCAAGACUGCGAUGGGCUCCGCCGUGUCUUUGAGAGGCAUGAGCACUGGGGCCGUCUCUAUGCUGGCACUCUGGCUCCACUGACUGUCCCCAAUCUUCAAAAGCUUCUCAAGAAAGCGGGGAAGAAGAAAGGUGGCCCAGACGGCUGGAGUUACCCAGCUCUUCGAGCUCUGGACCCGGCCGCUCUUCAGCUCGUAGCCGACUUCCUCGCCCGCGCUGAGGCUGAGGUACUUCUGCCCUUCCAGCUCACCUGUGUCCAGGUCGCCCUUCUUCCGAAUUCGGCCGACAAAGAGCGCCCUAUCAGCCUCCUCCCCUGUCUGUGGAGGCUGUGGGCUCGCGCCAGGUGGAAGGAUGUCGCGGCUUGGACGUCGGCAUACUCCCCCGACCACCCGUGGGAUCGGGCUGUUCCGGGCCAGGCCAGCCUCGACACAGCGUUGGCCCGCCUCGUUAGGUCGGAGCACUCCAAGCUCGAGAAGACUCACAUCGUGAGUCUUUUUUUUGUCGACCUUCGCGGCUUCUUUGAUUCGGUGAGCGAUGAGCGCCUUCUCCUCCAAGGCCUCGCUCACCGUUUCCCUCCGCUUCACCUCUGGUUCGCCCUCCAAGUCUACCAGGGCCCUCGCUGCCUCGUCGCCGACUCGAUAGCGGCCACCCCGCUUUUCCCUGGCCGAGGUGUCCCACAGGGGUGCCCUCUCGCACCGUCGCUUUCCAAACUCACCAUGUCUGAGCCGCUUAAGAAGGUUUCCGCCCUUCCCUCCGUCACCAACACCGACUUGUGGUUGGACGACGUGAGUUUAGAUGUGGUCGGGCCUGACCCUGUUGAGGUCGCCUCUGCCGCUCUCCAGGCCUACCGAGUUCUCCAUGCCUCCCUCGGCCUUGAGGGCCUCGAGGUUGAGACAACAAAGACCAAGUUCGUCGCCGGUACGGUCCGCGCCCGUGCCGCGCUUCAGCAGCUGCGGCGCCCGGGCGAGCCUGAAACCGCCGAUCUUGUCAAGGACCUCGGGCUUGACUGUGCUGCAGGCCGGCGACGGCGCAUCACCACUGCCCAAAAGCGCUUCCGCACUGGCAUUGGGCGCGUCCGCCACAUGCGCCGCCUUCGCAUUCGCCGCAGGUGGGUCCGGGGCCGGCUGCUUCAAGCCUCCGCCCUUAAGGCUGGCCUUUAUGGCCGCCAGGCCGUUGGGGUUGCCCCUAAGCGCCUCAAGGGCCGGUUCGAGCAUGGCUCUGCUGACGUCAUCCUUGACCUCAUGUCCCACAAGGCCGUUGACCCGCACCAGCUUGUGGUUGUGGAACAGCUUCAGGCUUUGGGGCGUCUCGCCUCCAGCGCCUCUUCCGAAGGCGUGCGGUUGCUCAACCGCACCUGGGCCUCUUCCUGGUCCAGACAGGCCUCCGCUACACAUGGGUGGAAAAUCGUGAAUGGCCCCGUGUCUGCGCUCAUCCAGUACUUGCUGGACUUGCGGGUGUCUGCUCCCACCCCCGAGGUCUGGACACACCGCGAGGCUACCUUUCACUUCCGCUUCUGCGAGCCAGGAGCGGUUUUUGAGGCCUCUGCUUUCCUCAGGCAGGUCAUCCAGCUCGAGCGCUGGUCUCGUAUCGGGCCUCCUGGCUUUGUUUCGUCCUCCCCGGGCCCUGGUGCCCCGACCCCUGUCCCUCCUCCCCUCGGCGCCGUCGGGCCAAAAAUGCCUGUGGCACAACUUCUUCCGUGCGAGGGGUACUGGCAGACCUCUUUCUUUGAGGCGCCAUCCGCCUUCUCGUCGGCUUUUACCUUCACUCUUGACGGCCCAGGUUUCACGCUCUUCUCGGCGGCAGCCCCGGACUCUUACACUUGUGUCAGGCGCGACAGGCGAUCCAAACACCGUCGCCACCGGCUCCAAACGCCGGGCCUUUUCACCCAGCUCCAGGUCGAGAUGUGCGACCAGGCCCUGAAUCCUGCCUCUCAGGUUGAGUUCGACCUUGUUGAGUUCGCUUCGAAGGUCGAGGAUGCUAUCUCGCCGGGUUCCUCGGAGGAGUGGUUUUUAGAGCGUGCCCUUGAUGCCAUCCAUGAUGACACACCCUCCCCCGCUAAGUGGCACCUCCUCAAGCAGAUGGCUCAUGUUCUCUCCCUGCAGCAUACUACCCCCCACAGCCCUGCCUCCCUCAGGCUCCUGUCUGCCAAUGUUACUCACUGGAGGCCGGAGGUUCGGGACUGGGCCUUCUCUCUCGAAGCCCAUGGGGUUUUGCUUCAGGAGCUCCACCUCACCACGGAGGCUGCUCAUGAGGCUGCGAUCGCCGCCUCUAGAAGAGGGCUCCGCCUCUUCACUUCGCCGCCCUUCCUCAGUGAAAAGAGGCGACCCUUGGGAGGCUUCGGUGUUCUCAUCCGUUCCUUCCUCAACCCCCGCCAUGUCCUCACCCACACCGUUGAGGGCUGUGGUUUCCUGGCAGUUUCGCUUCGGUGUUCGGGUUUUGAGCUCACUUUGGUUUCCAUCUACCUUCAGUCCGGGACUGGCUUUAACUCUCCGGUCAAUGCCGAUGUCCUGGCUCGCCUUUUAGCCUUUCUCCCUUCCCUCCGGGGAGUGUGGAUUGUUGCGGGUGACUGGAACAACCCCAUACAAGAUCUCCUCGCCACACGGCUUGAGGAAGUUACCCAUGGGCGGUUCCUGGGCUCCGGUGCACCCACCGCUGCAACAGACCGGGAAAUUGAUUACUUGUUUGUCUCGUCUCCGGCUGUUGCUUCUCUGACAUUGGCUCAGGAUUGGGUCGUCCCUUUCAAGCCUCACUGUGCCCUGCGGGCAACUCUUCAGCUCAGUUCUCUGCAGCUUCCCUACCCGCAGCUCGCUACCUUUUGUGAGGUCUUCCCUGACCCUCUUCCUUUUCAGCCUUCGGUCCCGAGCCCCUCGCCUGUCGCUGAGGUUAACCUCCUUGGCCUCACUUCCACUGACAAGCUCACCCUCGACUUCGCCGAGCUGAGCUCCUUCCUUGAGGUUUCUCACGGGUUCCCCGAUCGUGGGCGUGGGGCUUUCGUCCCCAUCCUUCACAAGCCUCUCGUCCAGGGCCACUCUGUCACUUUUGCCUGGAAGGGCCAGCUCCCCUCCUUGGUGUCGGCCGUGCUCCACUUGCUCGACCGGCCCGAAGUCUUGCAGCCCUUCCUGUGGUCCGCCUCGGACACUUCCCUCCCCUCGGAGGUUCGGGCCUUUUGUGACCGGGUGCGAGAUGGCUCAACUUCUUCUGCCAACCUCCGUGCCGAGGGCACUGCUCUCCUUGGCCAACUUCGGCGUGAACAAACUGCCCAGCAGGCUGACCAGUAUGGUGAGUGGCUGGAGGAAGCUUCGGGCUCACACCUUGGGCCGCUCUUUCGAGCCAUCAAGUCUCACGAGCAGGUGCUUGACCGGCCCUUUCAGGGCCGUCCUCUCAUGCUGGCACCCUGGCUCCACUGA